AUGGCCUCAAACUUUCUCAUAUCCAUUCCAUUUUUUCUCUUUUUUGCAAUAGUCAUGGCAGGUGAUCCAGAUAUCACCACAGAUUUUGUAGUUCCAAUGAACUAUAGCGGUAAUGGUCCCCUUGAUGGAAACUUCUUUACUUUCACCGGCUUGUGCAACGUAGUUAACUCCGACUACACACAAACCUUCACAGUGACCAAAGCCACCACAACAAACUUUCCAGCUUUGGAUGGUCAAAGUGUUUCUUAUGCUUUUUUACAAUUUCCAGCAGGAGCUAUUAACCCACCUCACACACACCCACAUUCAGCUGAGCUGCUCUUGGUAUUAAAGGGGUGGUUGAAUGUUGGAUUUAUUGACACCAAUAACAAACUUUAUAAACAAACUCUCGCAGCUGGAGACAUGUUUGUGUUUCCUAAGGGAUUGGUGCAUUAUCAGUCUAAUGAUGAUCCAAAUCAACCUUCUACCGCUAUUUCUGCUUUCGGAAGUGCUAAUGCUGGCACAGUUUCAAUUCCUCUAAAUGUGUUUACUAGUGGCAUUGAUGAUAACAUUCUUGCUAGGGCUUUCAAAAUUGAUGUUGCAACUAUCCAGAAGCUCAAGGCAGGCCUUACACCCAAGGCUUAA